CUUUGGGGCCAAGAAGUGACAACUUCACUCCGCCCUAAACCACUGAAAUGAAGCACUGAAAGAAGCAUACCUUGUUCUCCCGGACUUUUCCAUCCUUAGGACCGUUUUUAGCUAAAACACAACAGUCAACUGAAGUCUGAGGCAGUCUAGAAUUCAACUUUGAGGGGAUGAAAAACUGCGGAAAAUCAUGAAGAAGACGACUAAAAAAUAAAAUAGAAGGCUGCCCACAUGCUUCACCAUCAUUUCCACUCCACCUGAAGAGGAAUUUGGCACUCCGUCGUGAUAGGGAUGAAUGAGGGCCGCUCUGCAACAACCCUCCUGAGAAGGUGCCACCUCGCCCUGUCCAAGGCUGACACUGUCAGAGAAACCCUCUCCGUUGACCCUGCCGAUGGUGUUGGUGCUCAGCUUGAGAAUGAAGCGUCCUUCCCCUUGUCUGAAAUUUCAGACUUAUUUGAGAGUGCAGAGGGUUCCCCGUCUACUCAAGACACUGGUCAGGAUGCAGUCCAGGGGCUGGUGGCUCAACCUGGCCAGCCUGUGGACGGCAGACAAAACCUGCGGAUGAAGUUUCAAGGUGCUUUCAAGAAGGGCAUUUCCAACCCCAUGGAUCUCCUGGAAUCCACCAUAUAUGAAUCAAAUGUGGUUCCAGGUCCAAAGAAAGCCCCCAUGGACUCCCUCUUUGACUAUGGAACCUACAGGAGCACAAGCAACCAGAAACGGCGCAGGAAGAAGCUGCCCAGAGGUAAAACAGAGACAUCCGGUGAGGAUUGUCCAAGUGAGGACCCUCCAAAGGUUAUGAAAGUAUUCAACCGCUCUCUUCUCUUCGACUGUGUGUCACGUGGGGACCCCGAGGCAAUGGAGGGUCUCUUGGAGUACUUGCAAAAUAACGACAAGAGGCUGACAGAUGAGGAGUUCCGAGAGCCAUCCACUGGUAAAACAUGUCUCCCUAAAGCCCUGUUGAACCUCUACAGUGGUCAGAAUGACACCAUCCCAUUGCUGGUUGACAUAGCAGAGAAGACUGGGAACCUCAGAGAAUUUAUCAACACACCUUUCAGGGAUGUCUACUAUAGAGGCCAGACGGCACUCCACAUUGCCAUCGAACGGCGCUGUAAGCAGUAUGUGGAACUGCUGGUGGAGAAAGGAGCUGAUGUUCAUGCACAGGCCAGAGGACGCUUCUUCCAGCCCAGAGAUGAGGGUGGCUACUUUUACUUUGGUGAGCUGCCUCUGUCGCUGGCCGCAUGUACCAACCAGCCUAACAUUGUACACUACCUGAUCGAGAAUCCCCACAAGAAAAUCGACCUGCGGCGCCAAGAUUCCCGUGGUAACACAGUUCUCCACGCCCUGGUUCACAUCGCCGACAACACCAAGGACAACACUCGUUUCCUCACGAAGAUGUAUGACUUGCUUCUAAUCAAGAGUGCCAAACUAUACCCAGACUGCAGCCUGGAGAGUGUGCUCAACAACGAUGGCAUGUCACCGCUCAUGAUGGCCGCCAAGCUGGGCAAGAUAGGGGUUUUUCAACACAUCAUUCGUCGUGAAAUCAAGGACGAGGACGUCCGUCAUCUGUCACGUAAGUUUAAGGACUGGGCUUACGGACCGGUGUACUCCUCCCUCUAUGAUCUGUCUUCAUUGGACACAUGUGGAGAGGAGCCAUCAGUGUUGGAGAUCCUCGUUUACAACAGUCGCAAUGAGACCCGCCAUGAGAUGCUGGCAGUGGAGCCUAUCAAUGAACUGCUGAGGGCCAAGUGGCAGAAAUUUGCAGCUGUGACGUUUUACAUCAGCGUCGUUUCCUACCUCCUCACCAUGAUCACCUUCACACUGGUGGCUUAUCACCACCCCACACAGGGAUCGCCCCCAUACCCAUACACAACAUCCACUGACUACUUGAGGAUGGUGGGAGAGGUCAUCACCUUAGCAUCCGGAAUCUUCUUCCUCCUAACGAACAUUAAGGACCUCUUCUUGAAGAAGUGCCCUGGGGUGAAGUCGUUAUUUAUUGAUGGAUCCUUUCAACUGUUGUAUUUCAUUUACUCUAUACUGAUCAUAGUCACCGCUGCUCUCUACCUGUCUGGCAUUGAGGCCUAUGUGUCUGUUAUGGUAUUUGCUCUGGUCCUGGGCUGGAUGAACACGCUUUAUUUCACUAGAGGCCUCAAGCUCACCGGCACCUACAGCAUCAUGAUACAGAAGAUUUUAUUUAAAGACCUUUUCAGAUUUCUGCUGGUGUACGUUCUCUUCAUGAUUGGAUAUGCAUCGGCCUUGGUAUCCCUCCUCACGGUGUGCCCGCCACCCGGCACGGACUGUGAAGGAGGCUGCCCGACGUACCCCAAAUGCAGGGACCCCGACACCUUCAGUACCUUUUUAUUGGACCUCUUCAAGCUGACCAUCGGGAUGGGAGAACUGGACAUGAUCCACAGUGCUCAAUAUCCUGCAGUUUUCCUCAUUCUGUUAGUGACUUACAUCAUCCUCACCUUUGUGCUGCUGCUCAACAUGUUGAUUGCCUUGAUGGGGGAGACGGUGGGCCAGGUGUCUAAAGAGAGCAAGAAGAUUUGGAAGCUGCAGUGGGCAACAACCAUCUUGGACAUUGAACGCUCAUUCCCAGUUUGCAUUCGAAAGUCCUUUCGAGUUGGCGAGAUGGUGACUGUGGGCAAGAAUUGGGAUGGAACACCUGACCGACGCUGGUGCUUCAGGGUGGAUGAAGUGAACUGGUGCCACUGGAAUCAAAACUUGGCAAUCAUCAAUGAGGAUCCAGGCAAGAGCGAGACCAGUCUGACCAACGGGCUUCAACAGAGUGUCAGAGGCUUGAGGAGAGACCGCUGGUCCACUGUUGUUCCGCGAGUGGUGGAGUUAAGUCGGGGUCCGCGCCCUCGUGAUCUGGUGAUAGAGUUGGAGCCCCUGACGUCCAGGCACUGAUGGCCACGGUGGAGUAAAGCUGUGAUUCUUGUAACGAGACAGCAGAGGGUCGUUUUGCAUGGAGGCGAUCACUCUGCUGGGGACCAUUAGAUCAAUAAGUGCACUCAUUUGCACACAUCACAUGUGCCUUUUAUUCACAGGACAUUAUUGUAAAUACUACUUCCUGACAGCCUGGGGGGGUUGUACAGAGCAAUCACAAUGACAAGACAUGGGCAACAUGUCAAAGAAUCUUCAAUUUCUAGAUAAAAUACUACAAUAUUAAUGCAUCAAUAACAGUUUUUAUAAAACAUAUCAUAAAAUAUUCUGUACCUAUGCAUUUUACUCAGGGAUUAUUCCACACAUCAUUGAGUCAUAGCUUGUACAGAAUGCUAAUUACUGCAUUAGCAGUGCAAACAUUGUUGAAAAUCUAUAAAUACAUAAUCAUAACAGGAGGAAAAUAUAGCAAUAAAUAUUUAUAGACUUAGCCAGGCUUGAGCUAAGGAUUGUUUGCUUCUCUAUAUGAUGUGAUUAUAAAGUUUGUAUAAGUAUAUUCCUAUAUGACAUUAAUAGAAUUGUUUUUAAAUGUAACCAUAGUCUCACGUCUCAGGCCGGCCAGCAUAUAGAAGGGAAACAAUGCACUGUGCUCAUUCCAUAUCUGCACAACAAAGACACAGUUGUGGCAAACAUGGGCCCGAUGAGCAAGGUUACUGUUGUCAAGCAAAUGGAGACAAUAGCCUUCCAUGUAAGGGCUUGCCUUUGAAUUGCCACAGUUAUUGUUUGUCACAGCUGUGGGGUAUUUGCAUAAUGGACGCUGAGGCCUAUUAUGUGCAUCUCUCCAUUUGCUGUGGUGUUUUCACUGCAGUUGGCUGCGUGCCCCGAACAGCGUCUUGUUUACAAUAUGUGCCACCCACCUUUAUGUAUACAUUGCAUGUAUGCACAUAUUUGUGUUGUUGUGCUACAAGAGCAGUUGAAGGACCAUGUGCAGUUCAUUUGCACUGAAUGAAGCGUUGCUGUUGAAGGUCACAGGUCACAUUUCACAACGUUUACAUUUCUGUAAUAGAAAGACUUGUUUUGUCUCAUUUUGUUGUCACGAACAAUAAACAGGAUGUUUGUGACUGAAGAAGCAAGCCCUUGAAUUAAAAUAGUCUUCCCAUAUGUUCAGUAAAUAAAGGUAAUGAACAAUUCUGAUUUUUUUUAAAAAUAGAGAUAUUGUUGUUUGAGGUGUCCGGCUGUGGCCUGCUGGUGGCAGCAGAGGUCCAUCCUUCAUUGCUUUCUGGUGUCAGGCCUUCCUAGAUGAAAUGACAGGGACUGUUGGUGCACUUUCGAAUUCAUGUAUAAAUAUGACAUUUUUAGUGCAAACUCUCAUUACCAUAAUGGCUUAUAAUUGGUAAAAAUCGGCACACCUUUUAAAUAGUUUUCUGUGAAAGCAUGGUUGACCUAACUGUAACACCUGGCCAGUAAUUACAGGCUUUCGCCUUCCUAAUGAAGGCACAAGAUGGAAACCAUUUAUGCAGCGCUUCAUUACCUUUCACCUUUAAUGGUUACAUCUCACCUUCUUUUUUAAUGCUCCACAAAGGUGAUUCUCACUCAAGAUAACUGGGGUCUCACCUGGCCCGCCCUUAGCCCCCGCCCUUAGCCCCGCCCUCUCCUCUCAUCUCCCUCUGAGGCUGGCAGUGCUGAAGGACACGCAAGGAAUCUCUCGCCACCUCAGAGAAGAGGCUAAUCCUCUUUGCCCCAACUUUAACUGGGCCACUAAUCCUGCAGGUUUAUCUGAGCAGCAAGCACCUAGCGCUGCUGACAACUUGGCCUGCCCUCCUCUCUGCAGCCCCCUUAAGUAGGCCAGGCCUCUGUCCUGCAAGUAUCACUGUCAGCAACUCUGGAGAUGCACAUUGCACAGGAAGUACGAGCUGUUAACAAAAUGUGUGCACCGGGCUGCCACCAAUGUGUCUCGACAAACUAGGUGAGAAUCACGUGGUAUCAGAAAAUUGACAGCCAGAUAGUAUUUAAAACCGCAAGCUUAGCAACUGGCGACACGUAAUGGUUUGCCACUGUCCUGCUAGUUAAGCUUUAAGGUGUUCAGGCUGACAAGUCGCAAGCAGAUUCUAGACCGGGACUUAGCCAAGUCAUUUCUGCACAGCACAAAUGAAUCUCUAAGCUAAAAGACAACUAACUCCCUGAGCAGCUCUCUGACCCUCCGGAUGGUUUAAUUUGCUCUUUGCUGAAAUAAUUGCAUGAAACACUUCCCAUGAUCCCCAGUGAAAUAUUUCACCAAGGUGCGGUAUUUCUAAAUUGAAUGAGCAAUCACUGGGAGCACUGGGAGCCGAGGUGCUGCAGACAUAUUGCUUGUGUAGCCUGUGAGAUGACCUUUCAGUACAUCAGAGAUGAAAUUAGGUUGCUGAACCCAAAAUGAUUCAGGGUGUCUAAAGGCGAGGGCGUGGUGGCGUGGUGGCAUGGCAGCGUCAGCCUGCUGCCGGGCCUCCAUCGGCAUCUCUCAUGACUUAUUGUGAAAUUGCCAGGGAGUCAAUGCGGCAUGCAGGUGAAUGAGUUUUGCUAAUAAGUGAAGCAUUUCUGCUCCACGGAGCUCUUUUUCUGUUUGAGUGAGCGUGCAUGAAAUCAGUGUGCAGUCUCCCAGUAACGCACGCUCUGGUGGAGGCGGCGGCCUCAUCAGUCUACAGCUUAUCUGAUGUUUUUAGGUGGGUGGAAAGCAUGUGAGUGAGGAGACAAAAGAGGAAGAAAACAUUAAUAUUAAUACUUCUUGAAUGUACUUGUGUUGUUUAACAUUUAGAUUGACUGCUUUAAACAGGAAGUAUUGUAGAAGUGGCCCGGCAACUACCGCACAACAUUGUUACCAUAAAUAUCAGACAAGCAUACUUUUUAAAGCGUUUAAGAGGUUCAUUGUUUGAAUUUUAUCUUUAUAAAAACUACAUGCAUAUAUGAGAAAAUAGUUUAUAACAGUAUAUAGCAACUGAAAUAUUAUAAAUAACUCAAAGUAGUAAUAAACAUAUAAAUUAAUACCAGAUUUUAGCAUUGUUAUCUUAAUAAAGGCAGAUAUCCUUUCUUACAUCUCUUGCAUUAGAGUAGGAAAAGGAAAACUGCACUUUUUGGAAAUUUUGACCAUCAUCCAUACUCCUUAUGUGAGAUAUAAAUAUAUGUCUUUCUCUUCUCUGUGCAUUAUUAAGAUAUAAAACCAGUUAAAAAGAGCAGCUAAUGAAUGCAUGUAAUGGGGCACACAUAUUCUGCCUAGAAAGCCAGUGAUCAAAACACCACCAAAACCUUCAAAAAAGUUUCAUGGUUUUAUAUACAUGCUGUAACUAUGUAGUAACAGGUACAUUCGUGAUACAGUAUGUACAUGUAAGGAUUACCGGAACGUCCUUCCUGGGUGCAUGGAUUUCACAUAGCAACACCUAGGGUUAACUUUUCAAAACUCAAAAACACAGCAGAAGUUAUAGCGACCUCAAUAGGCAAGUGUGUGGUGAAGUUGUUAGUAGGCUAGUAGCUAGCUGGUGUGGUGUUGUAAGGUGUCACAACGUCAGUAAUGUAGUUCUUUGGCAUAAGAACGUUAAUAACAAGAAGCUUGGCUAAUAUGCAGAUCACGUUAUGUAACUAGAGCAUUGUAGGCGGUUUGUAGUGCAUACUGAAAAUUAACAAAUGAGGAGGGCCGCUCAAAUAUUUUUUCAUUUCCACAAACACAAAAUCACUUCAACUCAAAAUAUGACCAUGUUAUGAAUUAUUUUAUAUCUGAAAUUGUCAUCAUUUAGCCCCCAAAUUAAAUACAGUAGAAGUUAAUGUUGUUGUGAUUUGUGACAAAUGAGGUUUCCUUCCCUUUGUUGAAAGGCACCAUCUUGACCCCUUUGGUCAAUUGCAUGCAAGAAGACUUAACUUUACUUGGCCUCCAUGCUAAGAACAGUGUCACUAAAUCCUCAUCCAAGCUCAAACAAACCCUUGAGCAUUGCUUCGUUAAGAGGAGUCAGUUGAGCAAACAACAACUUUGCAGGAUGCCAUUGCCGCCACAGGGCCCCUAAAGGUGAAAGGGGUCACAUGAGGAGGAUUGUGGAGGCCAGCAUAUGGUAAAGAUGUGUGUCCUAAGUCUAAUAUGCUUACCUUCAUUACUGUAAAGACAGCAAAAUAAAGCAUGAGGAGUCAACUUAAGUAGAGUGACAGAAUGGGGGGGGGCGCAUUCUGUAGACGUCAUCUGCUUUAUUCACUUAUGUGAAAUAUAAAUAGAUAAACACUAGAAAUGACUCUAUACAUAAGAGAGGAGGAGAAAAUGAAAUGAAAAGUAAAUAUCUACAUGCAGUAAAGACCAUUUCUCUGGGUUGGGGUGGCAGUCUGAGCAAAUCCAAGACGACGCUUGUGGGGAGAUUAAGAGGAAAUUGCCCAACUGCUGAAGGAAAGAAGGUAAGCAAUCACCAGAAUGCUUGGCUGUUUAAAAAGUUGACCCCCUCUCAGCUUUGUUUCAUAUUCACACCUCUUAUUUUCAAACAUAACAUAUAUCAUUCCCAAAAAAAGAAUGGUAUGCUUUACAUGUUUUCAUCCUGAGGAGACAAUUCUUUUUUCCCUCACAAACAUAAAUACAUCACUGCAGGGAGAACAAUAAGAGAUGCUUUAUAGAUUUCCCAUUUCCAUAUAUAUUAUA